UGUGUGAAGCAAGCGGUGCAAAUAUAAAAUCGGGAGUAAGAGAUGUUGGGAAAUAAAUGUAUGUGUGAACAUAACCCAAAGAGUGAAAUUGGCAUCAUAAGGUUGUUUAUACCUUUUCUACUCUGAAGAGAGCCGAAGCGAGGAUUUGGUGAGGGAAAUAGGAUUGCCCAAAGUUUAGGGGGAUUUCCUCAGUAUUACCAGCACAGACUGUAUCAUCUCCUUCAGUCAUGGCUCCCUCACUGGCCACAGCCUUCUCCAGGCGCUGGUGGAUGGCGAUUACUGCGGUAAUCGAAAACCUGUUGUUCUCUGCUGUCCUGCUCGGAUGGGGCUCACUGCUCAUUAUGUUGAAAUCAGAGGGCUUUUACUCCUACCUCUGCAGUGAACCAGGUAACAGUACGGGGCAGAACAUAUCUGAGAAUGAAAAUGGUACAACAACAAGCCCAAGAAAUGAGGAGGAGGAAAAUCUUAAUAUGAAUGGCUGGACCAUCUGUAAAGAGCAAGAUGAGAUGCUGAACCUGGCCUUCACCAUCGGCUCCUUCCUCCUCAGCGCCAUCACACUGCCCCUCGGCAUCAUCAUGGACAAAUACGGCCCACGCAAAUUAAGGCUGCUCGGCAGUGCAUCGUUUGCCCUGUCCUGCAUCCUAAUUGCAUAUGGAGCCAGUGACCCUAGAAAUCUCUCUCUCCUAAUCUUCUUCGCCCUUGCGCUGAAUGGGUUUGGAGGCAUGUGCAUGACCUUCACCUCACUCACACUUCCCAACAUGUUUGGUGAUCUCCGCUCCACUUUCAUCGCAUUCAUGAUUGGCUCAUACGCCUCAUCCGCCGUCACCUUCCCAGGAAUAAAGGUGAUCUAUGACUUCGGUGUUGCCUUCAUCACCAUCCUUCUGGUGUGGGCUGGCUGUGCCGGCCUGGUCUUCAUCAACUGCUUCUUCAACUGGCCACUCGAGCCCUUCCCAGGACCUGAAGACAUGGAUUACAGUGUGAAGAUCAAGUUCAGCUGGCUGGGCUUUGACCACAAGAUCACAGGGAAACAGUUCUACAGGCAGGUGACCACCGUUGGUCGGAGAUUGAGUGUGGGCAACUCCAUGAAGAACAAUCCAAAACAGCUGGCCACCCAAGAAGGCAAUAAACUCUGCCUGUCCACGCUCGAUCUGGAGGUCCAGUGCAAGUCUGAGGAGGAAUCCCAGUCCUUCAUGCGGAGCAUCUUCAGCCCCAUAUUCAUGCUCAGCCUCAUCACAAUGUGUGUGACUCAGCUCCGACUCAUCUUUUACAUGGGGGCCAUGAACAAUAUUAUGGAGUCCCUUGCUGAUGGAGACCUGAACAAAGUGGAAAGGAUGGAAAUGGUGAGCACAUACACAUCUAUCUUCGGUGUGCUACAGUUGCUGUGUCUCCUGACGGCCCCUGUGAUCGGUUACAUCAUGGAUUGGAAACUCAAAGAAUGUGAGGAUGAAAAUGAGAAACAAGUCACAAAGGAUCCUACUCAGCCAAAGAAACGUGACAGACAGAUCCAGAAGAUCAGCAACGCUACCCGUGCAUUCGUCUUCACUAAUUUGCUGCUGGUCGGCUUUGGGAUGACCUGCCUGGUGCCCAAUCUUAAUCUACAGAUUUUGUCCUUUGUGUUGCACACCAUCGUGAGAGGCUUUAUCCACUCUGCCGUUGGCGGCUUGUAUGCUGCUGUGUACCCGUCCUCUCAGUUCGGCAGUCUGACUGGAAUGCAGUCUCUCAUUAGCGCACUUUUUGCAUUGCUGCAACAGCCUCUCUUCAUGGCUAUGAUGGGCCCACUGGAUGGAGAUCCACUUUGGGUAAACGUGGGGUUACUGGUCCUGACCAUGCUGGGAUUCUGCCUGCCCAGUUAUCUUCUGUGCUACGGCAGGCAGCUGCGCAGAGAGAAGCAGGAGCGCGAGGAAGACCCCAAGAUCUAUGUCCAGAUCAACAACAGCACCAACCCAGAGGCCUUUGUCUAACUGCAAACACACAGAUGACAGCAGUCGGCAGGACGGUGGGAGGGGGAGAGAACUGCAGGUCACAAAAAGAGUGAUAAAAACCUCCCUGAUCCCUCCUUCUGUCUGACACACAUACUCACUCACAUAUUCUCAACAAGCACACAAAAUACAGCCAAAGCAACCGAGAGUCUCACAACGUGCCACACAAACACACGUUUACACGCAAUGGACUGAAUGGACACUGUGAAAGGCAGGUGUAGAAGCAAAUGAUGCCCUUGUCCUUGAAACAGACAAGGACAUCAAGUCUUUAUGUACUGCCUGACAAGAAAGAUGAGAAUGGCCCUCUUUUCUUGCAAUUUUAGCUUGAUUCUUGAAUUUCACACCAUGAUGAUACAAAAGACAAAGCAAAUUCAGUUAAAUUCUUUCAGGUUUGAGGAAGCCUUCCUGAACAGAGUAUUACACACAUCAAUAGUAUUCAGCUUCAUGGCCAAGCUUGUUUCAGACACUUUCUGCAUUGUUACCUCACUCAUUUUGUUUCUUUCAGCUCAUAAAGCUGCUGAAAUGCGAGACAAGUACCCUCCAUUGCGGUUUGAAUAUGAAAAACUGACUACUAACUACCUUAAAGCAGAACGAUUCUGCGUGUUAUCUGUCCCAUAUGGGUCUUUAUUGGAAGUGGACAGAUUUUACACUUAAAUCUCAUAUAUGAAAGCAUGCUUUGGAAAGCAUGAGCAUGAAACUGCAGCUUUUUGUGAACUGGGCUGAUUUUAAAGGACACCUGAGGCUAAUGUAAACUAAACACGAUUUUAGUAUGACAGCUGUGCUAUUAUUUGCUUUGGGCUGCAGAUCCAGUACAUCUAUGGGUGACAUGAUGCAUACUGUACAUAUCAGUCCAUUCAGAAGGUUGUAGAAGCUAUGUGGAUCUAAAAGGUUUCUGUUAAAGCGGUAUUAGCCUGACAUUUCGAUCAAGAGUGACUGAUCUUCACCAGCAAUACUAUUCCACACUGAUCGUACCGUACCCUAUACCACUUAACAAAACAGUACUACUGGUUUAGCUUUACUUAUUAGCACAAAAUGUUUUCUUUUCCUUGUAUUGACUCAAUUAUUCAGGGUGUUUCACUUUUAGAGUAAUAAUUCAUAUCAGAUGUCUUCACCUGCAAGCUUUGCUUUGUCACGUAUGUGCGUUUAGGGGUACAAAAAAAUGAGACACAGUGUACUCUCGGUUGAGAGACUAGAGGCCAUUAUAGGAUAUAUCUUGCACUACAGGGUUCAUAAUUACAGAGGUGCUUAUGUUAGCCAUUACAGAGUAUAUGCUUUCUGUUUCAACCUCAAAGUACACAAAGACCAUGUUAGCCAUACAAGAUACAAGAUUUUUUGUGUAUUUUCUCAAGAUUUCUGGUCUGGUUACCAUUUAACUAUACGGUGCUUACUAGAAUAGAAAAAGCAAGAAGGUUUCUGUGUUGGUCAAGAUGAAUGAUGCAGAAACCAAAUACACACCUUGUAGUGAUAAGAACUUGAAUAUAAAUCAUAGCGAUUAAAAAAGGGAGAUUUUUGAGACAUGCUUGAUGACAAUCGCUUUGGAAGAUCCAUAUUCUUGUAGCUUGUAAUGGUUUGCAGGUCAGUAUUACGAAUUACAAAACGUGGUAAAUACAUCAAAUUAAGCAAAAUCGGGUCUUUUAGCCAAUAAGUCCUGUGACAGAUGGAUUUGGCUCAACUGUGCUCAGAAAACAGUGUGGAAAUUGAUGUAAAAUCAGUCAAAAGGCUUUUAAUCAUGAAUUCCAGUGUUGAUGUAGAUACUGUGUUUUGUGCAGAUCACUGAACAUUUCUCAUCGAAAGAUUGAUUUGAUUUGUUACGGUUUUGGUUAAGUCACAACCUCACUCACUUUAACAGUAUUUUCUCUGUAAACCUACCUGAAAAGAAAAAAAAGAUUUGUCUCUCCAUAAUUGAGAGACAAACACAAUCAUUUGUACAAGAUCCUGGAUGAGUAAAUAGGACUUGUGCAUGUUGUCUUCUCAACAGUGGUAAUAAAUGUGACCUUGUUUUAUGACCCCUUUGAAGAGGAACAGGUCAGAUCCACCCAGCAACAUCCUUUUAUUGUCUGUCACACUUGUUGUGAAUAUUUCAUCAGAGCUGAGGCUAGACGUGAGUCUGUGAUGGACUGCAUUUGCUGGCUUGAACAUGCCUGGAUAUUGCAAGUGAAUUCCAAUCUAAUGCAGUACUGUACUAAGCGUGAUGAAUGUGAAGAGUGAAACAUUUGCUCUCAGAACGAAAGUAGCACUUUUUUCACUGCCAUACCUUAAAUUUUCAUUAUUUUCUUAGUAGUCACAAUCACUUUUUUUAUUUUAAAUGUUGGUUUAUUAUACCCAGUUGUAUGUGUAUGAGCGUGGAAAAUGCCCAUACACAGAGAUGUAAAAGUG